GAAACACAUCAUUAUAGUAGGCACUAUAUUGUAUUCCCGAUGGUAUGUGUAUCAUUUUAUUUGACAUCUACAACAUUAUAUCAAAAUAUGGCAAGAUAUUCAUUGGUAAAUAAACAAUAAUGACAAACGUUGACUGUUCCACUCAACCUGCACCCCGAUUUAUUUGAACAACAUUAUGUCAACCAUGGUCAUGGUAACAGUCGCGUUGACAUUACCAUGCGUUUUGUUGGUAGAACAACCGUCGAAUGAAUACGACUCCGGGCGGCAUUCAAUAGCUUUUGGUGUGAGAGCCCCGCCGAUGUUCACCCUCGCCGAAAUGCCAAUGAAAAUCCUACAUCCAGUCGACCAGCACUAUAGGCGCAGUCUGGAGGUCGACGACACGUGGACCGCAAGUCCGACUGACAACGGCCCAAAUUAUAGUCAAAUUUAUAAGAACGACCAAUCUUCUACACACAUAGUUUCAUUGAAAUCAAAAAAAAACUUUUCAGAAAAUCUACAAGAUUCAAUACACGAUGUGAGUGACUUAGAAGAAAUUGAAAAUCCAAAUGAGGAAAAUAGAUGGACCCCGUUAUUUAAGCCAGAACAGUUAUUUAUUUCAAAUCUAACCUCGUCGGAAAUAAUAGAAAGUGUUGGUGGUUUGAGUACACCUUCCUUCGAAAUAGAAGUACUCAAUUCCCCUAGUGAAUAUGAUGAAGAUAGGCUUGACCUUUUAACUAGACAAGGGUCAAUGGUUCCUGAAUUAAAUACUUAUUAUGCACCAUCUAUUGGAAUUUACUAUGGAACCGGUCCACUGGUAUUUCCAAAUGGUGAAAUGUCAAUAUUAGUUUCAGUACCAAGUACAAAUCCUGCAGUGCCAAAUACAAAUCCUCAAGUAAUAAUAUUCCCCGAAUCCUCCACAAAUCCUGAAUCAUCAAAUAUUAUGAAUGUAAAAAUUCCCACACCAAGUUCAGAGCAAUAUAGCAUUAAACUGAGCAAUUUAAAUUGGCGAAGAGUCGGUUUAUUAUUGGCAUUUAUUAAACUGGGAGUAGUUAAAAUAAAAUUAGUGGGUUUCAUAAAGAUAUUAUUUUUUUUUCUAUUUAAACUUAAGCUACUCCUGAUACUUGUCUUAUUUAAAAUUAUUUCAAUUUUUAAUAUAUUGUUAUUUUCUAAAUUUGUUGUGAUACCACUAUUUAUUUUACCGUUAUUACCAAUAAUAGUAUCAAUGAUUUCACCAAAAUUCAUGGCCGGUUUACUUUCAAUUCCAGGAAGGAUAAUAAAAUAUAAUAUGAUAUUAGGUCCUGCUUAUUUUGGCAAAUUCACUCCGGCAUCUACCAGUGCAACUGAAACAAAUAGUUCUACUAUAAGUGCUUUAUCAAGUCCACUUAAUUGA